AGUCUUCUGCUGAUCUUGGAUCUAGGGUAUAGGUUUAGUCGUAGAUAAUGUGGGCGCUUCAGUGACUAUUUCAAAUUUCCCGAACCACAUCAGAAUGCAAGAGCUUAGCAGAUGGCCAAUAUUCAGCCUUCUGGACGAAGACUUUUUAACUUCUCUUAAAAUAGCGUACGUGUUUGGAAAUGCAGGGAACGAAGCCAUCGUUAUUACAAGAGACGAUGAUGUUUAUGCUUUAGGAUCUAACGGGAGCAGUUGUCUAGGUGUCGGUGAUGCCCAAAGUUGCCUUCACCCUAGGAAGGUGGAGGCAUUGUGUAAGAAAAAUAUAGUGUCCUUGGCUUGCGGCAGUGGUCCUCAUGUGCUUGCAGUUUCAGGUACGUAUGACCCAGAUUGCUUUUCCUGACCAUCUAUAAAGGAAAAGUAGCAAGACUUCUGUCCAUCCUUAUACAUUUAUUAUGCAAUCAUACGUGCUUCAACUAUUUGUGUAGGCAGUUAGGUAGCAACUUUUAAUUAGGGUAACACGUGACAGUAAACAGUGAUGAACUGGUGGCCCUCAAAAGUGUCAGUGACAAAAGCUUGAGAUAAUGUAUGCAUAAUAUUGUUGGUUUGCACGUGAUGUCACGACAGCCAUGUUGGUAGUCAAGAACAAAAUCAUUUCUCUCCUCUGGGAGCUAAACUCUAUUUUCAUGUAAAUUCUUCGAGAAAAAAUUAUAUUGUUUUGACCCCCAAUGUGGCUGUCUUGUCACGUGGUUGCAAACCAAGAAUAGGCAUGAGGCUGUACAGACCUACAGUGUACCCUUGUUUUGCUCUCAUCAGUUAGAGAUCAAAAGCUAGGUGAACAUGUAACUCAAUAUCUGGAUGCAAACAGUUAUCUGCUGUGCAGCCACUAUUUAGCCUGCCACUUCUCGCUGAACAAGUCAAAUGAUAUGAUAGCUUUAUGCCUUUGUCAUAUCACAGAGGAGUGUAGUGUGACCUGAUCUCCUUUGCAGCCACUCAGGUCAGAUUCAUGCAGUGCUUCCCCUCCCAAAACAAUAGGAGAUAAAUGUAAGUUGGUUCAAAGCAGCUGUGUGGCCAGUAAGUUCCGACAAAUGUAAAACACCCUAAAUACUGUUUUUUAUGUUUUAAAGGAUCAGGUGAAGUGUACACGUGGGGUCAUAAUGGCUACAGUCAGCUUGGAAAUGGGAAUUCAAAUCAAGGAUUAAUACCCUCACCUCUAACAUCAGCGUUACAAAUGAAGAAGGUUGUUCAAGUGGCUUGUGGCAGUCAUCACUCAUUAUCCCUGACAGAUGAUGGCGAGGUAAUUUCAUUUUUUAUGGUAAUCAUAAAAUAUUUCACCGCGGCAGGAUUACAUAACCAUGGCAGGAUUAGCUAACCAUGCCAGGAUUAGCUCAGUCAGUAGAGCGCUUGACUGCGGAGUGGUAGGUCGCGGGUUUGAUUCCUAGGGUUAGACCAAUACUCAGGGUCUAAAAGUAACUGAGAAAUAAAGGCACUGUCUUUGCACUGCAUGCAGCUAGACCCUUGCUUGACACAGAUGACCACAUAAAAUGGUGGCACUGUCUCCAGACCUUUAAUGACCUAAAAAUAAUGUCCCCAAUAUUUUAGUACUUUUGUGCAAAGGUGCCAUCCCUACGCAAUCCCACAAUGCGUAAAGGUUGGCCACACCACUUGGGUCUACGACCUCUACUCUUUUCGAAUAGUGAGGUGGGUUCUUUUACGUCCCACAAGAAUAAAUCAGUGAAAGUACUGUGAGAAGGGACCUACGGUUUUUCGUCCUUAUCCAAGAAGACUAGAAAGUCUAACCAUUUGCAGAUCUCAUUACAAAAGCAGCACUUUCUCCUCAGUUAUUUAAAGACCCUGAGUGUUGGUCCGGCUGGGGUUUGAACCCACGUCUUCCUGCUCGGCAGACCGGCGCUCUCCUAACUGAGCUAACCAGGCAGCAGACUUUUGAGUAUUUCUGUGCUUUAGUUUGAAAUUUAUCUCAUUUUUUCCAAAAAAGUAUGGUUUCUGGGGCAUUUUUUCACGUAUUUAGUCACUGACAAAGACUAUUUUGAUUAUUACAAGGAUGACUGCAAAUUUUGAUUGUAUGUACUUCAUGCAAGACUUCAUGUAAUGUCCUAUGCCAUUCCCAUGACUGUCAUUAUUUGGGGGCCGGGUCAAUUUUUGGGGAGGGCUGGGGUAGAGGGGGGGUUUGGGUGGGGGUUUGUUGGCAUUCAGGGAGGGGGGUGGGCAGUGCAAGAGAUAGAGUUUCCAGAUUUUAGAUCUCCAAAGGUUGGCAUCUCUGCUAUUAUACCCCCAAGUAUUUCUCUGUUUCUGACUGUCUCAAAUAUUCUGGCUGUUUCACACACUAUUAAGGAAUUUUUUACCUCUUUUCUCAUGUUUUUAGGUUUAUGCUUGGGGUUACAACAACUGUGGACAAAUUGGUCUUGGCACUACCAACAAUCAGACUGUACCCAGAAAAAUCAACUCAGCAAUAAUAGGUGUGAUAAAAGACAGUAUAAUGUUUACAAGUUCACAAGUUUACAUGUUUAUUCUCAAGAUCAAGUAUGUACAAAUUAACAUGAAAAAUUUGCACUACAUGUAUAAGUAGUGAUCAUCAGUAGUCGAGCCUUUUGUAGGUCAAUAAAGAUGCCACAUUCGUGAGAAAAGGUUUUUAUCAAUAUGUCAGUUUAUUUAGUUAAUGGAGAAUUGGUAGGAUUGAGUAUUAAACCAUCUUAUUUUAACCAAAAAUUAACACUGUUCUUGAUUAUUAUACAAACUUGUGAAAAACAAAAACAAAUUUACGGGUAGUUUAAGUGUCAUUCUCCUGAUGAUAACCAGUUUUUAGUUAUAUCUAUUUUCUUCUUCUUCAGAUCAUUUGAUUUUAAUGUGAAACUGCCAUGUUGAUGUUUUCCUGUGAGCACUUCAAUAAGUUAUCUACUCACAAAAUUUUUUUAUUAUUAUUAUUUUAAAGGAAGCAAAAAGAUAAGCAUGAUUGCUUGUGGUCAGACAUCGUCCAUGGCUUUGUCAGAUGCAGGGGAGGUAAGAACUGCAAACAAAAUACUGUAGUCAAGCCUCAAUAUCUGACCACCUCCCAUAAGCGACGACCUGUUCAAAACACGUGAAUUUUUCCAGUCAAACUCCCAUGAUUAAAACCUCUCGUUUAAACAAUCACCUCUCACAAGUGACUGCAACUCAACCUCGUUCCCAGGGUUCGCUCCGUAGAGCGGGUAGGAGAGAACCCUGGGAACGAGGUUGAGUGCAACUACAUUUUGGAUAGACUGCAAGUAGUCCGUCGGGUUCUCAGACAAAAUGAGCAUGUUGGCACUGAAAACGCUUUACCUCAAUGACUUUGAAGAAAAUAAAAGUUCUUCCUCUCCCAGCUUAUGCCUUCGUUUCCCAUGGUUCACGGCUUCGCCUAACCCAGCGACUUUGAAGAAAAUAAGAGACUGUUGGAGUCUACAUUUUGGACUGAUCGUGAUGGUUUUGUAAAAUUUCCAUUGCUUUUAACCUCUCGUAAGAGACCAAUUGACGUAUGGUGUGAUUUUUUUGUUCACUGUGGUAUGUUUUACGUCACUCAGAGUAUAUGACGAACUUUGCCAAAAAGAAAAAAAGUAGAUGUGUCGGAGCCUCUCGUCGGAAGAGACCACCUGUGGGUUGAUUCUUGUAAGCGACCACCUCCUAUAAGCAGCCGCUAAAUCUUCGCAUUUUGUAGCUUUUUGUGUAGUCGCGUAUGGGAGGUUGAGCUGUAUGUGAGUGUGAAUGAGAAAUUCUGUGUUUAUACGUUUUUGUGGAUCACAAGUUAAAGUAAAAGGGCUAUCAAUUUACCUUUUACAGGGUGACAACAACUCCUAAUGCAAAAGCAUUUUUGUAACUUUUAUUAAAUAAGGUGGAAAAAGUAGGUCUUGUAAGUUACUCUGAAAACCUAAAGUGAAAGAAAAUUGGGGGCAACCAUGUACAUGUAACUAUUGUUUGGAAAUGGUGCGGUUAUAACUCUCGGCUUAAAUGUCAUGUUGUUUUUCGGUUUUAGAUAUAGCGAUGGUAAUGUAAUCUAUUGAUAUUAAAGUGGCCCUUUGGACCGUGGAAACUUUGUAGUAUGAGGCAACUAAUGUUAAUGCUACCCCAACCCUCACUGCGCAGAUUGGGUUAGUGACACGUCAUCAGUAUGGAAUUUCUACGCUCAUUCCUCAGACGUCAAUUCGCAAGAAAACCAGGGCAUAGUGAAAUGUUGGGUGUUUUCAGAGGCUGCCUUCAACCUGGACAAAUUCUUAACUUGCUAAGAUUAGCAACGAUAGUGGUUUUUGUUUUUCAGCUUUUUGCGUGGGGCUACAAUGGAAAUGGACAGUUAGGAGUUGGAAACAAUGCAAAUCAGCUGACACCUUGUAAAGUUAUUGGACUUGUUGGAACAAUCACCACACAAGUAAGAACAUCCGUAAAAAUAUUCGUGCAAGGGAAAAUGAAAUGAAAAACAUUCAUGCACGCCAAGUAACCCUAAAAAAUAUUCAUGCACUGAUCUAAAAAAUUCAUAAAAGGGAAAUGUUAACGAAAAAAUUCAUGCGGCUAGAAAAUUCCCCACACCCAUAACUUUUCUUUUUAAAGCAAGGUUAAGAUUAGCUAAAAACAAAUUUGCAGGUGCAUCACGCUUUUUUAUACAUUUCUUUACCGACUGCGACGUGCAACGUCUAAUUUCACGGUUUACCGAGGACGUGAACACAAGACAACGACUUUCUUUUUCUUUUUUUAAACCUACAGUCUUUAGAAUUUAUCUCCAGAGAAACCCGCCAAAAUUUGACACCUUGAACGAGACGGAACAAGAGUGAUGAAGCUUGAACCGCGCGAAUUCAAACUUUUUAAGUAAGGUUUUCGUCGGCGCCUCCUUCGCCGUGCCUCUUGCCCAAUCUGCCUACUGAGUCGCAAUUCGACCAUUAUUUUAUCGUUAAGUUCCGAAAGUAACGACCCUCGUUGCUUUCGGAUUUAGCAACCUUCUGCUCUCACUACUUUUGGGGGGUGGGGGAGAGGGUCUUUAUUUUCGGAUGGCUAAAACAUGUACUCCACAUAGGCACUUAAAUAAUAAAAUCGAAAAAUUUGUUAACUUUCAAUUUAUGUAGCGUAUUGCUGUCCAACGCAAUGUAACGUAUACUGUACAUUGUAACAGGCACGUUUUAUCAGCUGUAAACUUUCACAACCGUCACGCUGACGAUGACGGAUGUACCGUCGAAACAUGUUUGUUAAAAUUUAAAAAGUCGCACUAUUUUUGAAAAAAAUCGCACAAAAUGUGAAAGGAAUACUUUUUGAAAAAGGUAAUAUAUAUCCUGUACUUAAAAGAGUUAUGAAUAAGAAUGUCAAAAUAGUCAUUAUUACUAAACCUCGGAUCAGUGUUCAGGGUAUCUAUCAUAUCCGUUAUUUUUGCAAAAAGAGAAAUUAGUUUUGAGGUCUCUACUUUCGGAGGGUCGUUAUUUUCGGGGGGAUCGCUACUUUCGGGAUUUGCUAACACCUGUAAUAUUUUAUGACGCUUAACUUUCGGAACUUUAUGGUAUAAAGGUCAUCCUUUUUCCCAUCAAUGUCUGUAGAUUGUUUGUGGUUAUGCACACUCGCUGGCGUUAUCAGAUGCAGGAUGUCUCUAUGCUUGGGGCGCAAACUCAUAUGGACAGUUAGGGACUGGAAAUAAGGCACAUCUGGUCACACCAACUAAAAUUGGUCUGGAUAAAGGGAGGUAAGAGUAUUGUUGUUCCCAGUGGCACUUGCUUUUUAACUCUAGUAUACCCAAUCUCGUUGCUCAUAUGAAAAAAAAAUUAAAAAAAUCCAUUUCAUUAGAAUGGUCUCACUUGAAAAUUUCCCUAAUCCACAGACUCAAGCCUUAGAAGUAUGUACUAAAUAAGUAUGGCAUCAGUUGAAAAUAUCGCAAAGAGGUUUCAUUUGAAUGGUCACAACAUAGGAUGUCGUCCACGGACUCCAAAGUAAGAACUACAGACUAAAUGAAUAGUAUCAUGUGAAAGUACUGCUGAAGAGGUUUCAUUCGAAUGGUCACACCAUACUCAUAGACAUGAAAGUUAGAACUCCAUACUAAUUAAAUAGUACCAUGGAAAAGUACUGCUGAAGAGGUUUCAUUUGAAUGGUAACACCAUAGAAUUUCAUCCACAGACUCAAAAGUUAGAACUACAUACUAAAUAAAUAGUAUCAUGUGAAAGUACUAGCUGAAGAGGUGCGUACAUCCAUAACACCGUGACAACAGCGCAUAGCCCACAAAUAAAGUAACAGAAUUUCCAAAUAAACAAGUCUUUAAACAACUAAGGAGUAUCUCCAAAAGAUCAUUAAACGAAUCAGUUCAAAGUUCAGCGGUAGGUUGAAUUCAGAGAGCGUAUGAUCCUUUUUUAUUCUUUGUUGUUGUUGUUGUUGAUGUUGUUGUUUCUGAAGUGCACUAGUGCUCCAGAGCUAGCUGGUGCAUGUGCUAGUGUUCACUGUUUUGGGUGAAAAGCAAAUACUUGCAAUACCUCCUUUUUCUUGUUGGCUGUUCUUGAGUGCAUUUCUUUCCUCAACAGAACCAGCAAAUAGCACAAGAAUAGCAUAUUCAGCUCAAAUGUACAUUUAUUUUCCAGAUUUGUUGAAAUUGCUGCCUGUCAUUACAGUCAUUUGUCAGCCGCCAUGACUGCUACUGGAAAGGUCUGUAUUCAGUGAGAAAAUCAAAUUAGAGGGUGAAAAUGUCAGUUAACUUUGUAUAGUGCCAGUCUGUCUUUUAGCUUACUGGCUUAUAGCCACGAACGCUUUGUGCUAUCGUCUGCGCAAGAAUGAAUGAAUGAAUGAGAAUCAUGGUAAGAUCAAUUCUAUUGUUUUCGUACGUGCAGUAAUGCGUAACCCUCGGAGCCGAAGGGACUGGGUUGGAUACCUGUUGUAUCCCAUUUUUCUUUAAUCUGUAUGAUAAAGCGUUGUUUUGACAAAGAGGAAUUUGAUGAGGUUAAAUAGUAUAUUAUCCACCGUUAUUUUAAAAACGCAAAGUGUUUGCGUUCGUGAAAUAAAAUAGCGGUUUCCUCAAUUAGUACUAGCUUCGUGUUAAAUAGAUUGUUACUCAGAUAAAUAGUUUUUUAAUUAUAUUUUUCUAUAUGCGUUCUCUUUUGCUUGUUCAAGUAAACAGAUGUUGUUAUCGUAGGUUUUUUUACCGUCCUGUAGGUUUACAUGUGGGGCCAGUGUCGUGGUCAAGCCGUAACAAGUCCAAUGGAAACAAAGUUUACCAAAGUUGACAGCAUAUUCGCUUGUUUUGCCUCUCCUCCGUCAAUGUUCAGACCUCUCAUAGUAGGUUAGUUGCUUAUCAACUGUCCUGAUUUAAGCACUUGGGAACUUAAUUAAGCAAAGGCGUUUUUGAGCCACGCGCGUCAACCGAAAGUGACUUUUUACAUUCCUGGGCAGUGGUUUUGCAAGAAUUUUCUGUCAAAUCGUCUCUACAAGUGUAAACCAACUAAGCAAUUCAAAUUGUAUAGCGUAAAGGCAUAUCAAAAGGGAAAAUUCCUCACUUCCGGAUGACGUGCGUCUCUCCAAAACGCCUUUGCUUAAAUCCCCAAUGACCUAUCUUUGGCGCCAUCUCGCGCGUUGCUAAGGACGUGCAAUUUCACUUCCGGUGGAUGGAGUCAUAUACACUUAAUGUCAGAUCCCAAGGGAAACAGUUAGUUUUGUUUUCCCUCGAGUCCUGAUGUUUCCCGAGACGAAGUCGAGGGAAACAUCAGGACUCGAGGGAAAACAAAACUAACUGGUUUCCCGAGGGAUCUGACAUUAAGUGUUUUGUUAUAUUUCUAGACUUUCACUUCAACAGCAACAAAAGAAUAACCGGAGCGAACGAAAACGAGCCAAAACAGUCGACUCGGUACUUACAACAACACAAAUUUAAUUCUCAAAACCACUGAAUGAAUGAUUUACAAACAAAAGUACUUUCCUUAUAUCAUCUGCAUUUUUUCCCUCCACUAGCUGCUGUUUUUCUUCUGGGAACUUCUGGGAUAACUUUAAAAAUCGUUGCUUUUUAGCUUGAGACUUCGUUUUUGUGUUGUUGUGUUCAUUCACGAAAAAGAAAACUGGCUGGACCUGGCGGUGUUUUUCCCGCCUUCUGUCACACCACUUUCCACCAUGCUUUGAUCACGUGCUGCAAUGUAUCCCGAGCGGGAUACAUUGUUUAAUGUAUCACGAUCGGGAUACAUUUGAUUUUAGUCAAGGCCACGUGACCAAGAAUCAACCAAUGGCAGUCCCUGUUUAGUUGAGUGAAAUUCUAAGAAUAUAACAAUCACGUUUAGUCAACGCCACGCGCAGCUAAUAAGUGGCGUUUGUUCUAAGUUAGUAAACCAACUUUCUAGAGUAAGUCGUUGAUAGUAGUCUAGAUCUGUAGAAUACGUAAUACGACUGUUUACCUGUGACGUGAUACAAUUCACCUCAUGUACGUCUCAGUUUCUCGUUUUUUCGAUCCUUUUUAGUCCCUACUAUCUCAGGGAGCCUGGAACUUACUACGAUUCUCUAAGCACUGCAUUCCAUGCGAUUCUACAAGUGUAAAAGGUGUCCAGCAAAUCGUUCUAAAUCAGAGAUUUGGCCUAACUCCUUUAGUUGGUUUAUUAUUGGGCCAUUCCACUGAAAGGGAUUUCCUGUCUCUUUUUGCUAAUUAGACAGCUUUAGAUUCUGAGACAAGGAUGACUACCGUACGAGUACGAGAUUUUCUCAAUACUGAGUAUUGCUCACGCGUGAACCAGCGUCAUUUUGGCGGGAAAACGUGAUAGCCGUCGUCAUUCAACUACGAGUUUUAGCGAGAAUGUCCUAGUGGCGGAAACAAGUUAUUAAAUGUAAGAAGUUUUAUCAUGUUGCUAUCGGGAGAGGGCUUAACCUCCUUCAGUAUAAAUAACCGUGCGAACUUUUUUUGGUGAAAACAAGUAAAAUGAAACUUUCGUGGGUGUCGUUUUUUUGAGAACACGCGCAAAAACUUUAACUUAAAUCUCUUACUCGUAAUCGUUCUCGUCCUCAAAUCUAAAGUUCUCUAAUGCAUUUAUGGCCUUCCCGGCCACUCACUCCCCUCUCACUUGUUUUUAGAUCAGGUGCAAGAAAAGAGAGUGGAACAAAGUGUUAAAGAUGCAUUUAAUGACCAGGUAUCGGUGUAAAUGUCUAGCAUUCCUAACCCCGGUUGUUCUAAAGCCACAAUGAGGGACAAAAGUGUUGAGAUACUUCUACAAAAUGGCCCUUUUUUGAACAGUGGACAUACCUAUCCCCUCCCCCUGUGUACCCCACCCCCUCCCCCCAAAAUCAAUGUUGUAUUUUAGACCCUCAAGUCUUUCUUUUGCUACAGACAGCAUUUAUUCGGGGGUGGAGGGAUUUAGGGCGUUUAAAUACAGUGAAAUAAUGAAUGAAUGAAAUUGUUGGUAGGAGCACCCGUUUUAGACAGGUGUGUCAGCUGCUUUUGUCCCUGAUUGUGGAUAGCGCUACCCAAUGGAAAUAUCGCUAUAAAUAACCUUACCUCUCCCCUCAUGGGGCUUCUCUGGAAUAAUGAAAAAAAUGAUUUAAAUGGUACAUAACGAGGUUGAAUAAUCCAGCCUGUUCGGAGGUGAACUAGUUGGCUAUUUUGCAAGCGUGGCCGAGGAUUUGAACUCGGGACUACCGAGUACAAAUCUAGAUAGCGGUCAGGGCGGGACUUGAAAUCGGGGCUCUAACCGCUCAGCCACUCUGUCUCUUACAAAGUGGAUAAGUGUUUGAGAAACCAAUAGCGCUAUCCUGAGGAUGGAGAUUUAUCCGGCGGAUGGUCUCAUUCACCUUUUAAACAGCUAGAGAUUGAAAGUAGGCCGGCAGUUGCCUAAACGUUGCAAAUCUUGUGCGCAACCUAUUUUUGUGCAUACAAACUAGUGUCAUCGAAUUUAAUGCGCCACUAAGUGAAUUUCAUCCAUGAGAACCAUGAAAUCAUGAAAAUUGGAUCUUUGACUCAAUAAAGUGAAAUGCUGUCUCGAAAAAAGUGACUCACAAUUAUCUCCUCUCCCUGAUAUUUCCUUGUCGACCAAUUUUCAUGAAGUUGUGAUAUUUUAAUUUUCCAUGAUCGGUGUAUUUGGUAGAAACGCAGACGGGUUUUUAGUCGUGGCUUCUCUCCACCCGAAAAGUAAGUCUUCACUGCCGAGUCACCAAACAAUUCCUGUGACGGAGAGAAGCCACAAUCCUUAUUUCGUGUGCCGUUAUUUUAAAUUGUCGUUGAAAGGUGAUAAAUUUUGGGAUGCUUAAGGUAUACGAACGCUGUCAAACAAUCCCUUUCUCUGUCAAUCUUUCACGUUUUUUUUCUUCAGGAAACAAGCGAUUUAACAUUUAUGAUUGAAGGAAAACCUGUCUACGUACACAAGGCCAUGUUGAAAAUAAGGUAGUGGCACCUUACCAGCUUUAUUAACUUAUGUAUUCCAUAGUAAAGCGUUACAUAAAUACAAUUCCGCUUGCCUGUACUUUCUUUUAACAGUUCAAUAUGAUAUGCCUUCGAAACGGCGGACGUUUCGCCCAGAACUUGCAAGCAAGCAUUGCGCGGCUUUGUGCGAACAAAGUGCGUUUUGAUAAAGUUAGGAUGAUGAAUUUUGAGCCUGGUGAAUACAUGGGAAAGAUGAUUUUUCAGUCAGUGACACAGGUGGCUCGGAAGAACCACUGAGCCACAGGAUACUCGUUGGAGCUGAGGCUACUAACCGUAAAUCCUCUAUUAAGCCCGCUGUAGGGCUUAUUUAUUUCAAGCCCAUUCGAGGAGGGGUGGGGGGAGCUUAAUAGAGACAAGGGGCUUCAAGAUGCGGCCUUACAACUACACAUCAUGCAUUGGUAAGGAUGGCUAGCCCGUGGUCGAAUCCUGAACAGGGUGGGGAAACGGGUGGGAGCGGGGGUUAAUUCUGCGCCGACAUGUUCUCAAGUUGUGUAAUUUGUUACAUAUCAUUAAAACAACUCAAUUUCAACAGGUGUGAACACUUCCGUAGCAUGUUCCAGUCACACUGGGGUGAAGACGACAAGGAGUAAGUCUGACUAUUUAGGGUUGAGAAAUUCAAAAGCUCUUUAAUUUCUCGUAAUUCGUCCUGGCUGAUAGACCUUUUCUGUAUUCCUGUAAAUAAAGGCAUCAACUCAAGGCUUGUGUUGACAAAAUACAGUGAUUUGUAUAAAAUUAUCCAGCUAAGCCUCAACCUCACUUCUUUGUGUUUGCUCACUGGAGCUAAAUGCGGGAAAGGUCUAUAUGGAUUAUAUGGACUACUUAGGCCCUUACUUGCCUAGUCCGUGUACGGCGUUUUCCCAGGCCUUCUCGGUGAAUUUACUUAGGUGACGUAUGGCAAGGCCCUUACCGUGGAGCGAGGGGGACUGGUGAAAGAAGAGAGACCUUUCCUAAUCAAAACCGAAGAAAGGAGAGAGAUGAAUGUUUAAGGGCUUCUAUUUGCAGGCUGAAAAGACUUCUAAAUGUCUUAAGGGAACAGAAUGUCUCCCUACAAACAUUCUGCAAAGUCAUUGUUGUUUCCCAGGGGAACUUUUUGUUUAAGCUUCUUUGCGAAGAGAGAUGAGGAAUGACGAUCAAAGCCUUUCUUAGUAUAUCUUUUCCACAGUCAGUUGCUUAUUGUUGAAAGAGAUAUUUGUGUGUUCUAAUUACAUUUUGUAUAAUUUUCUUUCCACCUUGUUUCAGUGUGAUAGAAGUCACUCAGUUCAGUUACCCCGUGUAUCGUGCUUUCCUGCAGUAUCUAUAUACUGAUCAUGUUCAUCUUCAACCAGAGGACGCUAUUGGUGAGUAUCUAGCCACUAAACAAACGGUAAAUGAUCGGAACUGGAAAAAAAAGUCCCGGUUGUCUCUGUCUUGCGAAAAAAUUAACAACCACUGGUUGAGCUUGCCAACCGCUGAAAAGGCUGUCUAUGAUGAGGUGACGAAAUUGCCUUUGAGGAGGGGAUGAGCUUACGAACAGCAAAAAACAUUAAAAAUUGUUGGGACAAGUCACAGACGCUUUGAUAGCAUUUCUGAUAGUUGCCCUACCGACAGCUGACUCUAUUCACGCCCCUUGCUUAGUCCCUAGGCCUCAUUAUUCCGCGCGGCCAAUUCGUUUCGGGUCAGGUAGUCCGAGCGAAGAAGUGAGUGUUUCCCGCCCGUUCGCCUCGGGUACGUCACCGAAGUAAUUUGACCGGAGGGCCUGGGAAAACGCCGAACAGAAACUAGGCAAACACGCCGCGUUGUACACGCACGUUUCUCCAACCUCCUUCCCAGGGCUUUUUCCUUAGAACAUGGGGGAAGGGGAGGGGCGCCUCUUUUCCCACCUCUCCCAUGUUCUAAGGGAAAAGCCCUGAGGACCAAUUUGACUGUCUUUUGCCGGUUGAGCUUCCCUUGGUAACAUCUGCGAGGUAAGAGAGCGUGUUAGCAAAAACGAUUAAAGAGGCCUGCACGUUUUUUUUUUACAUGCACGCCUCCGAGAGAAGAGAAGUAAUGAAAACGCGCUUUCGUAUAUGCUUUGAACUAGUGGAAGUUUUUUAAAGAUUGUUUCAGCUACUCCAUUUUCUUGCAGGUCUACUUGACUUGGCUAAUUCCUACUGUGAGACACAGCUCAAACGCCUCUGCGAACGAAUUAUAAAACAAGGCAUCACCGUGGACAAUGCCGCCAUGUUGCUUGCGGCGGCGCUCAAAUACGAGGCUGUGGUAAGAAGUGAACCAAGGAUCCGCUUUCACGAGGGUCAUGUUAAUCUCCUUUAGUACUGAAGCUGUGCUGAGCCCGGGGUUUGAGGGUGGGGGUGGCCUGGGGUUACUCAACCAAUUGUAUACAGGGUGGCUCCUCCCCGAGGUCCAACCCCCUACCCUGUUAUAUACCAUUUUUGACAGAAAAGUUACCCCCCUCGCUGAUUCCGCAGUAGUUAAGCGUUUAGUCCAUUUCUAUUUCUUUUCUUUCUAGGAUCUGGAAGAAUUCUGCUUCAAGUUCUGUGUCAAUCACCUGACGGCAGUCACGCAAACUGAAGCCUUUAAUCAACUGGAUGAUACAACAGUCAAGGAAUUUAUUCAAAAAGCUGCUAAGUGGGGUGCCUUUAAAUACUAAACCUGAACCACUCUCAACUAACUGUACCUUUAAAGUAGACUUUCUAAAACUCCUUUAUUUUUUUCCUGGUAAGGUUCGCUCACUUUUAAGAAGUUAUGAGAGGUCGACUAGUAGCAAGUCUAUCUUAAAAGUAAUGGAUUUUACUGAAUUGAAAGGGGACAGCUCUAGACUAUAAGAGAUUGUAACAGUUCAUCAGUUUAUUUUGCAUUUAUAAAUCUGAUUUGCAGGGUUUUUAAUGAAAAACACUCCCAUGAUGUUAGGGUUUUUUUACACCCAUAGUAUUCGUAAAAUUUUGAACAUAAGCACCGAGGCUUAUACUUUUCAAGGCCCUUCUUCAAUGGGCUUCAUUUCAGAGGGGCUUAUUACGAGGGAAACCUGGCUGGGCUCGGCACAGGUAGCCCAAGCUGGAAAUAUUAUCGGAAAAGUAAUAUUUUGAGGUAAUUAAGUUUUAAUAGGAACGUACUGAAUAGGAUGCUUUUGGAGAGAUGUAAUAUAUUAUUAUGAUUUUUAGUUCAAAACCAGCCAUGUAAUAUAUUACUAAUUUAUUGUCAUAGUUCUAAAGUAACUGAAAUAAUUAGCCUGUUCCAGACUCCAAGACAGUGGUGAAAAGUCGUUCAGUAAAAAGAAAUGCGAAAAACGCGCGGGGGCUGGGGAGAGACAGUGUCUCCCGCUGCCACUGUCCCCUUUCCCAAGUCGCGCGCGUCUUAUUUUCGCUUUGGUCGUUUUAAUAUGUCCCCACUAUCCGAGAGCCUAGUACAGGCUGCUGAAAUAAUUUGCUGUAAGCUUAAUUUCAAUGAAAAUGUUUCUGUCAUAUUUAUUUAUCUGUUCGGAAAAAUUAAACUAAUAUAAUAUGGUCAAAAAAUAAUUCAAAAUAGCGACUUGAGCUUGUGCAUAUAAAAAAGGUCAGUUAAAUUUCUGUAGAAACUGUUCUAUUUAUAGUGAAACAAGUUUGCCGCAAUAACAGGUCCAACUAGGCACAGAUUUGGUGUGGGUGGUAACAUUUGCAAGACUGAAAUUUCCUUGAAAAACGGCCAACUGGCUCUGAAGGCUGUGCUGCAGACACAUCUGUAAAAAUCCGAUAUCAACUCUUCUUAGGCCUGGUUCAGACGCCGUACUUUUCAUAUGCCAAACCUAAUUGAAUAAGAUCGACUUUGGAGCGACACUGGGGACAUCUGAUUCAGACGGUGCACCAUGUGUCGAGCCUAAGAUAAGUUCGACAAAAGUUCGACGGACUCUGUCGAACUUCUACGGCACCAAACGCUUUUGCCGCACCUAAAUAAAACUGCCGUACCAAAUUGAUUGAGACGCCGCUCGUUUGCCGCACUUAAUUCAUCGGCACAUGAGUGGAGCUGCGUCUGAACCAGGCCUUACACAAGGAGAUUGCAGUGGGUCUAAUCUGCAGGGCACAAGUCGCAGGGCACAGGUCAAUGUGUGAAUAUAUUCUGUCCCCUAUUAAACCGUUAGAUAGAAUGGACCCAGUAAAGAAGAACUUGACGGGGCCUAGCAGGCGUGAAGAUGACUGAAGGAGACAUGGUCUCUCUGCAGUCAUUUGGCAUUUAAACAAAGAUAAACAAGGGGCUCCGGGGUUGCUGAUAGAGAACAGUUAACAAAGAAGCAACUGUUGCACAAUUUUUCUUGAUAAAUCAUUAGGUUAUUCACCUGACCACUUUAUAAGAUAGCCCAAUCUUCUCAACAUUUUGGUUUAAGAGUUCUAUAACACAGUAAAACAUAACUGUUUAAAAUUAGGCAUAUAUAAGAUGAAAAAUGGUCUAGAUUUAUUAACAUGCAGUAAAGUGUGGAUAAAUGAAAUAAUAUUAAUAAAUAAACUAGAGCCUACAGUAGUAGAUAUUUUGCAUCAUACUGGGGCAAGUGGCUGUUGAUGAUAACUACUGGUUUUUGCAGUAUGUCACCUUUGCUAGGGUAGAUAACAUAACAGAAAGGUAGUUUACUAGCCAACUCUAACCAUCCCUGCUCUCCACCCCAUUCUGGAGGCCCAGCUUGCAUACAGCCUUAGUUUACUGAAGCAUAGGGCAUCUUAGUUUACUAGUUAUUGACAUAUAAACUUGCUUCCACUGGUCUUUGAUUCAGUUCUGGUAAAAGUCUUUUCUGGUUGGAAACCCUCCUAUUAUAACAUGAAAUAAUUAAUUUUUUGGGAAC